UGAACCUAUUCCUCGUUUCUUUCGUGGUUUUGGCAUUAUUUAUCGAUAUGUCUGAAUUAUGUGGUAGUUUUUAAUAUCCCGAGAGAGUGUUAGAGUAUUGAAGACGUGUCUUAGGAGCGACUGGGAGCAGGAAGAGGGAAUUCAGGCAAAUGGCUGGUCGUUGGGAGCGAAACGGGAGAGUCCCAGGACGCGCCGGAGUUUUUGUUACAAAUUAUUUUUGCUCGAUUGUUUUGUCAUUCCAGUUGUGUUCGAACAAUGACAUGGUUUAUUUGCACGCAGACUUGAAUGGUGACACCACAGAUAAAAGAAAAAGAUUGCGGAAAGCACCACUCACAGCCAACGUCCACUUGGCGUUCCUUAGUUUAAGCUCUUAUCUUGCCUUACAUCAACCAUCUCUUGGUCAGUGUCCAUCAUCAACCAUCUCUUGGUCAGUGUCCAUCAUCAACCAUCUCUUGGUCAGUGUCCAUCAUCAACCAUCUCUUGGUCAGUGUCCAUCAUCAACCAUCUCUUGGUCAGUGUCCAUCAUCAACCAUCUCUUGUCACAGCAACUUCAAUUGUUGAAUAGAUUUUGUGAUAUGGAGUUGGGGAACUUAGUCUCUUGCAAGUAUCAGUACUGUGCAGAUAUACUGGCAUUUCCCUCACACGUUUGUAAUAAGGGUAAUAUUUUUGGGUUCAUACAGCCAUCCAAUCUUGCCAUUAUUAUUCCUUCUUUGAAUUGUCAGUGCUGCAAUGUGUGAAUCUCUUAUUUUCCUCACAAAUGCUAUAAAUGAAAGUUUUGGCCAUGUUUAUGAAGUGACAGCACCCUUCUGAGAUUAAGUCCCUAUGACUCCAGCCAUUCCUGGGAAAUCCACAAACACCAUUGUAUGGACGAAAAACCUUCCUAACCCAAGGGCUUUGCAAAUCAGAUAUGUUCAGUGCAAUGUACUCUACCAAUGAGUCAUAAAGUAUCAUUUAAUUUUGUGAUAUGAAGAGUAGUGAAGCAUUAUUUUCAUUAUUAAUGUAUGUCUAGUUUUAUACUCCUUAGAUGUUGUUUUAUAAAUUAUUAAGGAUGGAGUCAAUAUAACUAUUAUAACAAUCUAUUUGGAAAUUAUGAAUGUAAAUUUAGUACUAAGACCACAAAUCUGUAACUCGGGUAACUAUAAACAUAUGACAUACUUUUCUUUAUUUCAUAUUUAUGUAAUUGAUAUAAAUCCAUUACUGACAAUCUGGGUACUCCACAUAGAGCCCAUGCACCACUCUCGUUCUGUCCUUUGCUACCAGGUGGGCUACUGGGUUUCCAUUUUCAACUAUAGACUUGUAUACACACCUGCUGGAUAAUUUCCAACAUAUAAAGUUAAACUCUGCACAUGACUACUUGAAUUGUCUUGCAUGUGUAAUUUUUGCAGAUUCAUUCUGCAUCCUAAAACCCAUCAAAUUUUACAUCACAACUUAUUGAUGUCUUUAAGAGGAUUCCUCCUUUGUUGCCUGAAUUUAAAUUUUUUUUUUAUUAUUAACUCCUUGCUGACGGUUACGACGUGUAGGCACGUGCUAUGCCCACUGUGAGUGCUUGUUUGAUUGUUUAUACACAUAGAUGGCUACACUUGUACUAAGUCACCAAUGAGCCAGUUACGAGUACUGCCUGUCUCGCCCG